UAUUGCAUAUCUUGUGACUCUGUGAGACGGCCGCAUUGUAUGUUUUCAACGUGCGGUUAACCUCAUUUUAUCUCGUUGUACUCGAUUCUACAAUCUUAAUUUGAUGUAGUUUCAUAGUAUAAUUUUUGUAUUGUCAGUAUUAAAAAAAAGAGAAAUAAAGAUAUAUUUUCUCUUCAGUUAUCGCCAUUUCUGUUUACAAAAUGUUAUAUCAGAAACUUUUUACAUCGGUCAAACUGAAAAACGUCGUUGGCUGUGUUAACGAAUUUAAUCAACUAGUUACACAUAAAACACAAUCAUACAAGAAUGAGCAUUCGCAGCCCAGACUGCAGCUCUUAGCCAGUAGAUACUGUACAGACCAAGCCCCAAAGAAUGCCAAUGUUUUUGGAGAUAUCUCUGGUAGGAAGUUUGAGCACUUUGAAAUGGACGAGCUUGAGAAGAAGGAAGAAGAGUUCCAGGAUAACGAAGCAUCCGUUCCACGCUGGAUGAAACACAGCUUAGGUCAAUACGGCAAAAUGAUCAAGUCACACUUAUCCAAGAACGACUUGAACUCUGCUAUAAAAGUGCUCGAUCUGAUCAAGGAGAAACGAGACAAGCCUACUAUGUAUCUAUACAAUCUGUUGAUACGAGGCUUUGCCAGGCAGGGUGACGUAAAGCAAUGCUUCGGACUGUACAAUAAAGCAAAGCAGCGUGGCCUGAUACCAAACGCAGCUACGUACACGAGUCUGUUCAAUGCAUGUGCCGUGUCUGAUAACAGCACGCUCGCUCUGAAACAGUUGAACGGGCUGCGGCAGUCGUUGUAUGAGAAGCAGUUUCCACUGAACGAUACGCACUACAAUGUCAUGGUAAAGGCGUACAGUUGGCACAAGAAGAUCAUCGAAGCGUUCCAAUUGGUGGACGAAAUGAGGGACAAGCGUAUGCCUUUCGGAGAGAAGACAUACAAUUCUCUGCUUCACGCAGCGAUCGCCGACAAGGAGGUUGGCCUGCGAUACGCUCUGACCGUGUGGCACCUAAUGCGUCGGUACAAAGUCAAGCCGACCGUGGCUACGUACAACUUGUUCUUGAGAGCGAUCAGGGACACUAAUCUGGGAAGCUUGAAGGUCAACACUGUCUUCAUCGAGGGAAUGGAGCAGACCAAGAUUUUGUUGAAGGACAGUGAGAGGCCAGACUUACUGGCGUCCCCGCCUGUCUUGAGCAAGCUGCUGCCGUUAACAAGCAAAGAGCAAAUGGUCACACAAGAAUGCGUGAAGGAUGUUGCACUGACGGACUCUGUAGACUUGAAUGACGUGUUGAUCAAUAAUCGUUUGAUCCUAUUUGGCGGUCUGGAGGGUUGGGUGGAGCGAAUGGCCAACGACGACGUUAAACCCGAUGCUAAAACCAUCACACUACUCCUCGAUCUAAUUCCAAACACAGUGCUCGUGGAGAAUCUUCUUAUCACAAUCGCGGAGAAGAAUAAAGUUGAACUGGACAUUGACUUUUACAAUAUGCUCAUUAAAAGACGUAACAUGCGCGGCGAUUUCAAAGCUGCCAAGGAGGUAAUAAGCAUAACAGAAAGGAAAGAGCUUUCUCCAAAUGUGAUGACGUUCGGAGUCUUGGCGCUCGGUUGUCACGAGUCCAGAGAGGCCAAAGAGUUCCUGAGAGGAUUAGACGCCUUCGGUUAUAGGCCCAACGCUGUAAUCAUGAGCACUCUUAUUAACAAUGCUUGCCGCAAGAAAGAUUUCGAAUUACUGCUGUUCGUAAUGAAUUACAUGAGGGAAAACAAAAUAGAACCCAACGAGCAAGCCAUCAACAACCUGAAAGAAUUUUCACAAAACUUGUCAGAGAUAGAAAAGCCCAGGGGAAAAUACAGUCUUCGCAAAAAGAAGCGCCUGAAGAAGAACAUCGAGGACUUCGAAGAACAGUAUCCUAAGUGGCAAAAGAUGAUAAAAGAUGAUGAAUAGUUCGUCACAUGAUGAAAUGUUACUUUCGCAAAGUGGGAGAACUGUACAUUGUUAUAAUAUACGUAAUUGAUAUGUGUA